GCCAAUUGGUAAAGGGAAGUAUCUGCUUAAGGAGCGGGGUUGGCAGUGGAGGCGAGACGCCGUCUGCCACCAAUAGACAGCACCACGUCGCCUGACUUCACGCUUUCGCGCCCGACAGCAGUGACGAGGUCGGCCACACAGAGUGUAAUAACGCAAAAUUCCAUCCGACUAUGUUAUUGACAAUCGAGUCACAGAAAGCUCCGUCUCCAUCGAGUUGCUCGACAUGCCAGCCGGGGAGUGUAGCAUCUUCAUGAGUGUCACAGGUGAGAGAGACACCAAUAUCUCCUCUGUCGAAGAUGUGGUUAAGCGCGAGUGCAAGAACCGCGUCGAGAACGACAAGCUGGCGCAAAUUGGUGCCGCGUACGACUUGGCGCAUAGCAAGGGCACUGCCCAUCUCCAAGAGGUCGCCAGGCUUCGAAAGAUCAAGGAGCAGCAAAGAGCUUCCGAGUCUCGCCAGAAGGAACGCCGUAAGCUCUGGGAGAGACGUCACACCAACCGCGAAGUCACCAGGAAGCAGACCAAAAAGAACAACGAGAAGCGCGACCGCAAGCUUGCUAAGAAGGCUCAAGAAGCGAAGAUCUCGAAAGAAGCAGAGGCGAAGAAGAAGGAUGCAGAGAAGCCCAAGGACCAUGCCGUCCAGACGGACGUGACCGAGCAGGAGUCCAAGGACGUUGCUGCAGGCGACUCUAAGUCAGGUGGCACAAAUGAGUCCAAGGAAGAGCCCAAGGAACAAUCCAGGGAACAGCCCGAGGAAGAGUCUAAGGACGAAGACAAGAAGGACGCCACCGAUGAUAAGCCUGCGGACAAAUCCGCCCCUACUCCUACCCCUGCCCCCACUCCCGCGCCACCAGCGCAGGAGUCUUACGACUCAGAUGGCGAUUCAUCCGACUCCCCCAUCGAAGACUGGGAGGAGUUGUAGGGUGAUGAUGACAUGGUCAGAAAGCCACGCCUCACUCCUGCAGGACCGCCUACAAGACACGACGAGCGUUACGAAUCAGAGGAAGAGGGUCUGCCUG